CAAUGCUGAGGGUCGCGCCUCUGGUAGUGCUGUUGGCUGCGGCCGCCCAGGCCCAGUGGGAUCCCAACUCUAGCAAUGGACAAGUCAUCGUCCACUUGUUUGAGUGGAAGUGGUCGGACAUCGCCGCGGAAUGCGAGAACUUCUUGGGCCCUCGAGGAUUCGGCGGCGUUCAGGUAUCACCGCCUAACGAGUAUGUGGAGGUGUACCAAGGAGAGGUGCAGCGACCGUGGUGGGAGAGGUACCAGCCCGUCUCCUAUAAACUCGUCACUCGUUCCGGUGACGAAAAUGCUUUCAAAGACAUGGUUACACGCUGCAACAAUGUGGGAGUUAGGAUCUACGUCGACGCUGUGAUCAACCACAUGUCUGGCGGAUGGCCGGUGGGCACAGGAGCCUCCGGGGGGUCCUCCUUCGACUCGGGCGCCGAGUCCUACCCCGGUGUCCCUUUCUCCGCUUUCGACUUCAACGACGGCAACUGCCACACCGGUUCCGGAAACAUUGAAAACUACGGCGACGCCAAUCAGGUGCGCAACUGCAAAUUGGUUGGACUGAACGACUUGAACCAGGGCACAGACUACGUCCGAGGGAAGAUCAGGGAAUUCAUGAACAAGCUCAUCGGCUACGGUGUCGCCGGCUUCCGUAUCGACGCCAGCAAACACAUGUGGCCCGGGGACAUGAAGGCCAUUUUCGAUAGCCUGGACAACCUCAACACAGAUUUCUUCAAGGCCGGUGCCAGACCUUUCAUCUUCCAAGAAGUCAUUGACCUGGGAGGCGAAGCUAUAUCCAGCGGCGAGUAUGUUGGCAACGGUCGCGUGACGGAGUUCAGGUACGGCAAGUACCUGGGCGAGGCCUUCCGCGGCAACAACCAGCUGAAAUACCUCAACAACUUCGGCGAAGGUUGGGGCAUGAUUGACCGGCAUGACGCACUGGUCUUCAUUGACAACCACGACAACCAGAGAGGCCAUGGUGCUGGAGGAGACAUGAUCCUUACUUUCCGUGUCUCUAAGUGGUACAAGAUGGCCACCGCAUACAUGCUGGCCUGGCCUUAUGGCUACACCCGUGUGAUGUCGUCGUACUACUGGGACCAAUGGUGGGAGAAUGGCCAGGAUAAGAACGACUGGAUCGGACCUCCUCACGACGGCAGCUUCAACAUCAUCAGCCCGAGCUUCAACGCUGACGGCAGCUGCGGGAACGGCUGGAUCUGCGAGCACCGCUGGAGGCAGAUCUACAACAUGGUGGAGUUCCGUAAUGUUGCCCAUGGUACGGACAUGAACGACUGGUGGGACAACGGCAGCAACCAGAUCGCCUUCUGCAGAGGCAACAAGGGCUUCCUGGCCAUCAAUAACGACGGAUGGGAUCUGAAGGAGACGCUGCAGACUUGCCUCCCUGCGGGUACGUACUGUGACGUCAUCUCCGGAUCCAAGGACGGAGGCUCAUGCACGGGCAAGAGCGUGACUGUGGGCGGCGACGGAAAGGCCUACAUCGAGAUCACAACCAUGGAAGACGACGGAGUGCUUGCUAUCCAUGCCAACUCCAAACUGUGAGGUGUCGGACGCCGGAGAAAGGAACAUGUCGUCUUAAUUGGAAUCAUUUCAUCGUCACCAAAUAAAAAAAAGCAUUUUC